AUGCGCUGCCGGGGAGGAGGAAGGGUCGGGGGAGGCCGGCUGCCCGCCGCGAUCCUCUCUGGGCUGCUGCUGCUGCUGCUGGCGCGGCCGCCCCUGCCCAGCGCGGCGGCGGCGGCGGCGGGGUCGCCGUCGGAGCUGCGGGUGCGAGUCCGGCUGCCCGACGGGCAAGUGACGGAGGAGAGCCUGCAGGCGGACAGCGGCGCCGACUGCGUCAGCCUGGAGCUCCGCAAGGGCGACGGGACCCUCAUCACCCUCACGGCCGACUUCAAGCAGGAGGUGAAGAUAUUCCGAGCCCUGAUCCUUGGGGAACUGGAGCGAGGCCAAAGCCAGUUCCAGGCACUCUGUUUUGUCACCCGGUUGCACCGCAAUGAAAUCAUCCCCAGCGAGUCAAUGGCCAAACUAAGACAGAAAAACCCCCGGACGGUGCGGCAGGCUGAGGAGGUGCGGGCUCUGGAGCACCUGAGCAUGGACGUGGCUGUCAACUUCAGCAAAGGAGCCCAGCUGAGCUCCCACAUCCACAACAUCUGUUCAGAGGCCAAAGAGGCCAUCUACACCCGGGAAGAGGACGUGAAGUUCUGGCUGGAGAAAGGAGUGGACGGAUCCAUGUUUGAGGUCCUGCCCCAGUCGGCUGACCUGCCUGACUUGCAACGUUGCAGGCUCUGCGCAGACCGUUGGAAGCCCUGCAUUUGCAGCUAUGCGCUGAGCAUUGAGUGGUACCCCUGCAUGCUGAAGUAUUGCAAGAGCCGCGACUCCGCUGGGAAAGUCUCCUCCUACAAGUGUGGCAUCCGUAGCUGUCAGAAGGCCUACGGCUUUGACUACUACGUGCCGCAGAAGCAGCUCUGCCUUUGGGACGAGGAGACCUAGCAGAGUGCUUGGGCGGCCAUCUUUGGGCUGUCGGUGCUUCCUUCCCACCUUCUUUCUACGGCUCUGGAUUGCCCAACCGGGAUGGCUGCCUGGAAGAGGACGGAAGGGGAAUGGUCCGGAGCGGCUUGGGACAGACCUGGCAGGCUCCAUUUUAUGAAGGUUUUGUCUGAGUUUCCUUGUCUACCCAACAGUUAACUCCCUCACACAUAUGAACACCAGCUACGUUUGGCUGUGAGACUGUCAGAGAAAGAAUGAGGUGGGAGCUGUGUCUUGUGCCAUGCUCUUGGAGCUGUUGAAGUCUCACGGCCAGCCCAAAAUCUCUUUGCCACCAGCCGUCUUAACUAUUUAAGGUUCUUGACAACCAAAAACAAAAUGUGACCCAUUGCUGCUUCACUUAAGAAAGAAAACUGAGGAAAAAGCAUAGAAGUCCCGCCUUGGCAAUCUCCCAGAGAAAGAGAAAGAAUGAGAAAGAGUUCAGAAUCCAGAGGAGUAACAGGAUUCAUCCAAGAGCAACCCCUGAGGGGUGUUUCAUGUUCUAUCAAGACUUGAACCUGUGGCCUCAGGAUCCGAGUGUGUGAGCUUGGAGAUGCUCUGAAGUUGCUACUUGGUUCAACCAAUAGAGGGAGACAAAGAACCGUGACAAGAUGGCUGUUCCACACCAGCAUCUAAGCAGAGGUGGACGUGGGCUUCUGCCCACAUAAGCUUUGCAGGAACAUGACAGAAUAACCCAGAUCGGCGUGGGGUAACUACUGGCCCCUGCAACCAUUCACCUCCAACAACACCAGACCCCUCGAUAACCAAUGCCUAAUUAUUUUAACAAGUGAAUAACGCAACUCCUGCAAGUUUCAGCAGUCACCUGGUCACGCCAGUAUGUAACCAGCACAAGGACCACGGCCAUCAGCUGGGUGGAACUAGAAGUGGGGGAGUUGAAGGAGUGCCACUGGGCUCUUCCCCUUGAUCCCGAUUGGCUCCCUGGUGCUGGAAGGAGGAGCUGAGAACACUAGUUCAUCGAGAAGCCCCACCUCUUGCUCCUGGUUGGUCUUCCCCAGUAGGAGGGUGUGCCAAUCAGCUUCCAGUUUGAAUCACUUAUUCUCCAACCUUGGCUGAAGAUCUGUGAGAGCGAAAUGCUACCACUGAAAAUGGGAGAGGCCUAAAAUCGUGCCUCUCUGUUUGAAGACCUGUGCCCCAGUGCCUUCCUUUCUCAUUAACAGAGAGAAAUAUGCCUGUGCAUUUCUAUCGCCUACACCCCCAACCCACCCCGAUCCUUAGAUGCUUGGGCAACUUACUUUUCUUUUAGUCUCACCAGUUUGCCUUCUUGGAAACAAAUGUUUUGUUAUUGGCCAGGCCCAUCAUGGGAGCCACUUCAUGAGUGGGAAAGCUUUUAAACUCAUGGCAGCCAUUUUGUGAGAGCACCCAUCACAAUCUCUCAAAAUCCCAAAGGUGCCCACUGAGCCAGUGGGAGUGAGUUCCACAUGUUAAUGAUACAUUGUGUGAAGAUGGAGGGAGAGAAAUGACUGGAAAUUUAGAGUUCCUGACAAAACUGACUUGCAAAGUAUUGCCAUGUUUUCUUUUUGGCAGGGUUCCUUUAACAGGCAGAAAUUCAUGAGGCUCAGCUCCUCCUAUGAUGGAAAUACAGUGACGGGGAAGCUUUACCUCUUUGAUUUCAGCCUGUUGUGCAGCUGCUUAAAAAGAUGGAGGUGCUGUCAAGAAAAAAAGACAAAAGGACAACAGCCAUAUUUCCCAGUCUCCCUUUUGCAUUGGCUUUACGUCUUCAGUGCCACCUCUCCCGUGCCCUCAACCACAUUGUGCCUUCUUCCUUUGCCUUGCUUAAUUCUGAACAUUUCACGUCAUUGAAGUUGAAACCUACAUUUCCAAAUAAUUGUAUUUUUUUAACCUUUCUCACAGAAUUAUUUUUGUAUGUCUCUUUUUAGGGACGUGUGUGUGUGUGUGUGUGUGUGUGUGUGUGUGUGUGUGUGUGAGAGAGAGAGAGAGAGAGAGAGAGAG